CCUCUGACCUCAACUGGUCGCAAAUCCUCUCACUGCGGUCCGACACAUUCAACUUGAUGUUCACUCCUAAAUAUUGAUGGACCAGUAGCUCACAACGUGGGAAUCGGGAAGUGUAUAAAGACAGAGGAAAGUUUUUCACAUCAGCCGACCAGGUGAAGCUACUGGACGUCAUAUCUCUGUGUGGGAGACCAGACCUGUCAGGAGCAAACACAGACAUAUCACAACACAUACAUAUUUUUUUUAAGUUGGUACCACAAAAACACCUCUGAAUGAAUGAGUGGGAGGGCCCCGAGAUCAAUGUGGUGGGACCGCUGCAAAUCCCACCCAGCGAUGAGUUCUCCAUCUCUGAGAGCGCUCACUUCUUUGACAUCUUGGCAGAUCAAAGCAGUCCACUUCUACAGGACUCUGACAUCUUACCAUUCACCACGUACCCCAGCAUGCAGUAUCCAUCCAUGGAACCAAACAUGUCCACCACUCCGUACUACUCCACUCAGAACUAUUAUCCUCCAUACGGUGGAGACGAAUGGUACUCCCACAUGGGCUUGUAUGAACUGAGGAAAGGGCCCCUGGAGGGCAGUUAUGGGGCCGAUAUGGACGAGGGGUCCUCUGUUGUGCCUGCUGUGUGCAAAAGGAACCGGCACCUGAGCCAAGCCGGAAGAAUCAAAGGGGAGGAACUGUGUGUAGUCUGUGGAGACAAGGCCUCUGGAUACCACUACAAUGCUCUCACUUGUGAAGGAUGUAAAGGUUUCUUCAGACGAAGCAUAACAAAGAACGCCGUGUACAAAUGCAAGAGUGGUGGCAACUGUGAGAUGGACAUGUACAUGCGCAGGAAAUGCCAGGAGUGCAGGCUGAGAAAAUGCAAAGAGAUGGGCAUGCUGGCAGAGUGUUUGCUGACAGAGAUCCAGUGUAAAUCCAAAAGGCUCCGUAAGAACACCAAGACCUCCCCGGGACGGUCGACUGGAGAUGAGACAGAGGGGACAGAAAACAUGGACAACAAGCAGGUCACCUCAACCACCAAACUGUCAAAGGAAAAGGUGGAAAUCACUAAAGAGCAAGAAGCACUCAUGAAGCUCAUUGUAGAAGCUUACAACAAACAUCAAAUCCCCCAGGAUGUUACCAAACAGCUGCUACAAGACCAGUACAGUACAGAGGAAAACUUUCUCCUCUUGACUGAAAUCGCAACAAGCCAAGUUCAGGUUUUGGUGGAGUUCACGAAGAAUAUUCCAGGUUUCCUGUCUCUGGAUCAUGAAGAUCAGAUCGCUCUGCUGAAGGGUUCAGCUGUGGAGGCCAUGUUUCUGCGUUCAGCUCAAGUUUUCAGCAGGAAGAUGCCAAAAGGACACACUGAAGUUUUAGAGGAGAGGAUACGCAAGAGUGGUAUAUCAGAAGAAUUCAUCACACCCUUGUUUAAUUUUUACAAAAGUGUUGGUGAACUCCACAUGGUUCUGGAGGAACAGGCUCUCCUCACCGCAAUAACUAUCCUCACACCAGACCGGCCGUAUGUGAAGGACCAGCAGGCAGUGGAGCGACUGCAGGAGCCCAUGGUGAAUCUGCUGAAGAAGCUGUGUGUCCUGCAGCAUCCACAGGAGCCCCAGUACUUUGCCCGCCUCCUCGGCCGACUGACAGAGCUGAGGACACUCAACCACUACCACGCAGAAAUGCUCACAUCCUGGAGAGUAAAUGACCACAAAUUCACCCCACUGCUCUGUGAAAUCUGGGAUGUGCAGUGACGCACUGUGCAGUGAAGGAGUCUGGGAAGAAGAAACGGACAUUCCAGCUCUAAGGCUUCAUCGAGCCACUUCAUACUGGGGGAUUUAGUUCCUAAACAGCCAUAUUGCUUUGCUUGUGCAUGACUUUAUGCAAAACAUAUGGUAAUAUUUGUAUGUUAUAAACAAUUUUUUUCAUGUUCAACUUGUAUUAUUAUCAUUUGGCUUAAAAGCUGAAAUUUAGAAUACCCUUUUCUCUUUUUUCAGAUUAUUUUAUGAAACAAAUUGAUGAGUCAAAGCAGUUCAAACACUGGAAAUUGUAAAAAAAAAAAAAAAAAAGCAUGUUGCAAGAGAUUAGUUUCAUGAUGGCCUCAUUUUUAUUUUAUACUUAGAAAUGUAUACUUUAUGUAUCCGCCUCAAUAAUUGACGUUUAGAGAGAAGAGUGUAUUUAUGGCCUUUGUCAUACAGUACGACAGGACACAUUAAUAACAGCAAUUAUACAGAAACAUACCCUUUUUCAUGUGGUAUAUGUGGAACUUUAAAAUGUAAUUGGAUUAGGUUAGAAUAAUCCUCUUGAACCAUAAUCAACUGCUGAAUUAUUUAUUUCCUUUAUGAAAUAAAUCCUUUAUUUAAUCUUUGA